CUGACCCUCCGAGCUCCGCGGGGUGGCUGCCGGCUGCCGGGCCAGUGCACCCCGCAUCACCGAGCGAGGAGCGCGCACCAGAAGCCUCAGGACAGCGCCAUGGACGGCACGGACAACGCCACUGUGCUCUGGGCGCCGUCCUCCCUGCUGCCGGACAAUUAUACGCUGUCGCCCAACGCCAGCAGCCCUGGCCCCAGCGCGGACUUCUCCCUGGCUCCUGCCUCCAGCCCAGGGCUCAGUCUUGGGCCCGGAUCCAGCUUCAGUGCCGGCCCGACCCCAACCCCGCAGCCCACGACGACAGUGGCGGUGGUGGCGACUGGGGGCCAAGGUUCAUCCCCGUUCCCGCGGCCCUGGGUACCCCACGAACCCCCGUUCUGGGACACGCCGCUGAGCCACGGGCUGAAUGUGCUGGUGGGCGCCGCGCUAUGCAUCACCAUGCUGGGCCUGGGCUGCACUGUGGACGUGAACCACUUCGGGGCGCACCUCCGCCGGCCCGUGGGUGCGCUGCUGGCUGCUGUCUGCCAGUUCGGCUUCCUACCGCUGCUUGCCUUUCUGCUGGCCUUGGCCUUCAAGCUGGAUGAGGUGGCUGCCGUGGCCGUGCUCCUAUGCGGCUGCUGUCCUGGAGGCAACCUCUCCAACCUCAUGUCUCUUCUGGUAGACGGCGACAUGAACCUCAGCAUCAUCAUGACCAUCUCCUCCACACUGCUGGCCCUUGUCCUGAUGCCCCUAUGCCUGUGGAUCUACAGUCGCGCUUGGAUCAACACGCCCCUGGUGCAGCUGCUCCCCUUGGGCGCCGUGACCUUGACGCUUUGCAGCACUCUUAUCCCCAUCGGUCUGGGUGUCUUCAUCCGCUACCGAUACAAUCGCGUGGCAGACUACAUCGUCAAGGUGUCCCUGUGGUCUCUGCUUGUGACGCUGGUGGUCCUCUUCAUACUGACAGGUACCAUGUUGGGACCGGAACUGCUGGCUAGCAUUCCCGCGGCUGUGUAUGUGGUAGCUAUCUUCAUGCCCUUGGCAGGGUAUGCCUCGGGCUAUGGCUUAGCCUCGCUCUUCCGCCUGCCUCCCAACUGUAAGCGGACGGUGUGUCUGGAGACGGGCAGUCAGAACGUGCAGCUGUGCACGGCCAUCCUGAAGCUGGCCUUCCCACCGCGCCUCAUCGGCAGCAUGUACAUGUUCCCCCUGCUCUAUGCCCUGUUCCAGUCGGCCGAGGCGGGCGUUCUGAUCCUCAUCUAUAAGAUGUAUGGGAGUGAAAUACUGCACAAACGAGAACCUCUGGACGAAGAUGAAGACACAGAUGUUUCCUAUAAGAAGCUAAAAGAAGAAGAAAUGGCCGACACCUCGUACGGCACAGUGAAGACGGAGAACUUGAUCAUGAUGGAGACUACCCAGACUUCCCUCUGAGCCCGCAGAUUCUACACUCCAUGCUUGUGGCCUGUGGUAGUGCAUAUGUUUACAUACACGAUAACAGUUGGAUCACAUUAUUGUCUCUGUAACAAUUAGGAUCUUCCUAUGGUGUGGCUUCAACAAGUGUUUCCACCUAUUCCAAAUCCAACUUGGUAAUAUCGUUUGCACCUGGGACAGCUCCAGCCAAGCCUGACUUCAGUAAAUGUGCCCUUGGUUUGCACCCUGAUCAGUUUCUA